CGUGUUGCGUAAAUGCUGCCUGGGAGUUCUGUGCUACUUGGAAAAAAUGGCUGCAAUAUUGGAGAACGGAAUCCCUCUCAGCGCGCUUGCACCGAAGUUCUUGCAUACUAAUUCCACUAGUCACACCUGGCCAUUCAGUGCUAUUGCUGAACUUAUAGACAAUGCAUAUGAUCCUGAUGUAGCUGCAAAACACAUAUGGAUUGAUAAAACAGUCAUAAAGGAGAACAUUUGCUUAACAUUUAUGGAUGAUGGAAAUGGGAUGGACCGUGAUACGAUGCACAAAAUGCUGAGCUUUGGGUUCAGUGACAAAGUAGCCGUAAAAGGCCAUGUACCAGUUGGAUUGUAUGGAAAUGGAUUUAAAUCUGGAUCAAUGCGCCUAGGAAAAGAUGCAAUUGUAUUUAGUAAAAAUGGUAAAAGUAUGAGCAUUGGUCUACUCUCUCAGAGCUAUCAUGAAGCAAUUAAAGCAGAGCAUGUGCUUGUGCCACUCAUACCUAACUUUACACCUCAUCAUAUCCUUUUUAUAAAUAAUGCAAAUAUAUUUGAAGAAUCCAAAGCAAGUCUUGAAGCCAUUCUGAAGUAUUCCCUGUUCAACAGUGAAAAGGAGUUAACUGAUGAAUUGAAAGCCAUAGAUAAACGAGGAACAAGAAUUAUAAUUUGGAAUUUAAGAAGAUCUAAAGAUGGAACUGUAGAGUUUGAUUUUAAUACAAACAAAUAUGACAUCAGAAUUCCAGAUGAUGUGCUGAACAAUGAAAAAUACAAAAGACAAGACAGACUGGACCAGGCUGUUCCAGAAAGUGACUAUUCCUUACGGGCUUAUUGCAGCAUACUCUAUCUGAAGCCCAAGAUGCAGAUAAUUUUAAGAGGUCAAAAAGUGAAAACACAGCUGAUAUCUAAGAGCUUAGCAUACAUUGAAAAAGAUGUUUACAAGCCGUCAUUUUUAAAAAAUAAAGUUACUUUUACUUUUGGAUACAACACGAAGAGCAAGGAGCAAUAUGGUAUAAUGAUGUACCAUAAGAAUCGCCUAAUCAAAGCAUAUGAGAGAGUAGGCUGUCAGCUCAAGGCUAACAAUUGUGGUGUUGGAGUAAUAGGCAUUACAGAGUGCAACUUUCUAAAGCCAACUCAUAACAAACAGGAUUUUGACUACACAAAUGAAUACAGGUUAACCAUGCAAGCUUUGGGAAAUAAACUUUGGGAUUAUUGGAAAGAAAUGAAGUAUAAAAGAAAGAAUGAUGAUCCGUUUAGUUCUGUACCUGUAGAGGAUACAGUGAAGCAACCCGAUCAAAAUUGGGCGCAGUGUGAUGAAUGCCUGAAGUGGAGAAAAUUACCAGAUGGUAUAGACACAAGUAAACUUCCUGAUAAUUGGUACUGUCGCAUGAAUCCUGAUACACAGUUUAGGCUUUGUAGUGCACCUGAAGAAAAAGAAGAUGAAGAUGAGGAUCACCCUACUUAUGAAAAGACAUAUAAAAGAGAGGAGAAGAUUAACAAAAUUAAAGUGGAUCACAACAGACAAACAACUAUGUCCUGCCAAAGUGCCACUAGUAGUAAUUUGGUGAUUACUGAUGUCCGGUCAUUAUUUGCUGAGAAAAAUCCAGGACCACGGAUAAAGAGGACAUUACAGACUAAUUUAAGUAGACCAGAUGUGAAGAAGUUAAAACUGAAUGAAGUUCAAAGGGAUUUAAAAGAUGCUGAAGAUCCUGAUAUCUUAAUUGUUGAAACUAAAAGUUCUCCAAGACCAUCAACUAAGGCAGACAUUACAAGUGUAAAAGUAGAGCACAAUGACAGCCUAGAAAAUAGUGAUAUGUGCAUGGAGUACACUGAUGGCACUGUAGAUAAAAGUGCUACCAGCAUGCCACUGCAAGAACAGCAUAAAUCAAUAACGACUCAAACUGAACAAAAACGGGUCUUAUUUAUGAAACCUGAGGCAGGUCCUUAUGAAAUGAAAAAUGCAAAAGAAGAUGAAUGGAAGAAAGAAAAUGGCAUUUUUGAUAGUUUACAGGAACAGGAGAAAAGUAUAGAAACACAGCCUAAGACUGCAUCACAAGAAUUACUCAACUACCAGAAGAAAGUUGCUGAUUUGGAGCAGCAGAUUAUUGAACUUAAAGAAAAGUGUGUAAAGAAGGAACAUAUUAAUCAGUUAGUUCAAACAGACAGUAUCACAGAAUAUAACUCAUUAUUAAAACUAAAUCUGAAUAAUGACCAACCAGGAGAACAUAGACCAUCUUAUGAAAAAAUGUUAAUAGAAAUGGAAAAAUUAAGAGAGAGAUGCAAAGAGCUGGAAACAGUAAAGCAAGAGUGCAGAAAAUGCAGAUUGACAGAAAACAAAAGCUUCAGUUGUAAACUGGAAGACGGCCUUGCCAUACAGCCUGACAACAUCUUUAGAAAGCCUCAUAGCUCUGAUGAAGAGCUGGAAAAAUACAAAGAAGAGCUUGAAGCAGCACAGCAGGAAAAUGCCAGAAUCAGGUCUGAAUGUGAAGUGCUGAGAAAACACGUGGAAAGCAUGACAUCUAGAGGCCUAACAGAUAUGGGAAGUGGCAGCUGCAGUACUGCCCCACCUGAAAUGACAUCUGAAAGUAUGGAAGAAACUAUAGGGAGACUUAAAGCUCUUCGAAUAAACGUUGGGAAGUUACUAGUUACUUAUGUACCAGCACUUGACUUGGAACAAGUUAAUUAUGAAAGUGAUGUUAUUGACGAGAUGUUGGAUCAAAUUUUGGAUCAAGUGACCCUAACUAGUGUGUCGUAAACUUGAUGGAACUUUUUAGUAGAAAGAAAACAAUAUUUUUAUUGCUGACAGAUUUUGUGAUUUUUAUAUUCAUUAGUAAUUUUAACUAUCGGAAAGGGAGACUGUCUUCAUUACCUCAGUUUGCAGAAAUUCUUUGAAAAUGUAAUUGAAUGUAAAUCUGUUUUAAUUGCUUUGUAAAUAACAUGUUUGUUUUUAAUUUUGAAUGUUAAAUGAUUUUUGUUUUUAUACUUAUUCAGGGCUAGUUAAGUAAAUGCUUUGAGGUAUUUAAAGAUUCAUACCAAGGUACUACAUGGUAACCAAGGACAGUUUAUCGUAAGCCUUUUGGUUCAUUGUAGACUUUUAAAGAUGAUUGUUUACAGCAGCAGUGAAGUGCAAAGUUAUAUUCUGCGAAAAACUAGUUCAGUUAAUGGUCAAAGUAAGGAGCAUAACGACACCUAAUUUUGUGAACUUUUAAUAUACCACUUACAUAUUCACAAAUAUAUGAUGAUUUGUUUCAGUUUCAGUAACAGUUUUAUAGGUAACAGUAAGAAGAUCUUACUGUAAUGGUAGUUUGAAACUGCCAAAGAAAAGCCAUUUUUAUGAUAUAUUUUUAAUUUUGUUGUGAACAGGUAUAUGCUCUUUUUUAAUAUCAUUGUAUUUUUUAAUCUACACAGAUUACUGCAGAGCUGAGAAUUUUUAAACAGAUUUUUAAAAUUCCUGUAUGAUUUAGAUACUGUAGUGGAAAAAAUGUAAUGUCAACUUUUGUUUUCAAAUUAGCAUUUUAAGACUAUGCUGUUAAAGUACACACAUUGCUGAUUUUAUGGAUUUCUGUAACAAUCUAGCAGUGGAAAUUAAAUCAAUAUUUAAGUAUUUUG